UCUACUCCCACCUACCAGUGGAUUUUGUGCGCAUUAAAUUGCAUUUAUAUUGCAUUUACCAUCUUCUUUGCUCUCACUUGAUCAUCAUGCCUAGAUAUUCUGCUCAGUUUCCCAACCUGACUGGAGAAACGGUCGACGGGGGCCGCCUGAAGCUCGUCAAGGUUCUCGGUUCCGGGUCAUACGGAAUCGUCUACCACGCGCUCGAUACGACAUCGCCGGCCGCUAAGCCCGACUACUACGCCGUCAAGUGUAUGGGUCCGCCGUCCGAUCGAGUCACUCAGGAGCUCGAGCUUCACUACGCCUGUGCCGACCACGACUCCGUCGUCACACUCCACAGGCACUUCGUGGAACGGGACCAUGUGUUCGCGGUCCUGGACGUCAUGCACUGCAACAUGUGGCACCGGAUCGACAACGGUGCGUACUGGAGCGAGGACUUACUGAAGCAGACGUUCAUCAAGAUCCUGGACGGUGUGCGGCACAUCCACGAGUGCGAGGUGGCCCACCGGGAUCUCAAGCCGGAGAACAUACUGUGCAGCAAGGACGGGCUCAAGGUCGGGAUUUGCGACUUUGGCAUUGCCGUGGACAGCACCAAAUUGGGAAUGACGAGCGCUGGCGGGACAUUGGCUUAUAUGCCUCCUGAGGCUCUCGCCCUAGGGCAGACGGCCGAUUUCUACGACCCGCAGGCGGCUGAUGUCUGGGCGCUCUGCAUCAUCAUCUUGAACAUGAUCGGUGGUCGCUGUCCAUGGGAAACAGCGAGCCCCUCCGACCUCGCCUGGAUGACCUACGUCGCUGACCCUGCGUACCUCAAGUCGAAGUUCCCCAUCUCUAACUCACUGUACCAGCUCCUGUCCCGUGGGCUCAACCCGGAUCCCGCCUGCCGUCCUUCGGUCCUCGACUUGCGGUACGAGAUUGGAAAGAUGAAAAAGCUGUAUUGGAGAGAGGAGAUGGACAGCAUCGCCGCCGUUUCCAUCGCUCUUGCUGCUCCUCUCCUCUCGAAAGCGAAGAAGUUGCUCCACAAGGACCAAGUUUCUCGCCUGCCUCCUCCGCAGCCGCCCCUCCUGCCCUCUCUCUCCAAGUUGCCGCCGCCCGAGUCCCAAUCGUGCUCCUCCAACUCAUCGCUGGCCGCCCUGUACAGUGUAGACCUGUCCAGUUUCCGCUUCUCGGAGCUCCUCGCGUGCCCCCGCACGUCGACAGAGUCGUACGGCUGGGUCGCCGUUUCGCCGAUCCUCGAUUCUGAGACAGACAUGGUGUUUGCACCCGUCCGGAAUGCCGUCAUUUCCACCUGCGCGUCCAUUCCCGCGUGGCUCGACAUCGAGGCCGACGCUCCCAAGGCAAAGUCCGCGCUGCCGCUGGCCGGCAUCCCGCGCCCCCAUGUCGUUCCCGAGCGGCCCCGGCUCGGCCACUUCUACCCGCCCAAGCUCGUCCCGAUGCUCUCCAGCGUGUCGGAGAAGAAGUCUAGUCCCAUCCGUCGUCUGCGGCACUGGCUCAAGCGAACGCAGUCUGCUUGAGGGGUCAGGUUUCUAGGACUCGCGGUGAGUGAAUAUCGUAUGCUGUGUUAUUGACCCGGAUAUUCUAGCCUGCCGUCUUGCUCUUGCCGUGCAUAUUGACCGUCGUAGAUCCGAAUCCGCACUUCGAUUUCGGCCGGAUGUCUCAGACACACGAGUGUCCGCUCUCGUCCACAUCUUUUGAUGUUUGACGCACCCAUGCUAAGUCUUGUUUCCUCCUUUCCUCUACUCUGAGGGAACUGAGGGAUUGGCCAUCCCGAUGAAGUUCUCGAGGAUGAGAUCCCUUUCUUCUGUCUGAGCUAGCUUUCUGACUGUGUUCUAGAUAAUGCCUGCAAGUCACUACAUGUUCACUCCCAGAAAAGCUAAGUCCACUUUCACCUGUGCCCGGAGGGGGUUGAGAGACCGGCCAUCUCAAUGAAACCCUCGAGGAUGGGCUUCUCGUUCACUCUGUGGAGCCCGUAAACUAAUUGAAAAGUUGCAGAUACAAUCGCGUCAUUGUCUUGGUCUUCUCCGUCGAAUCAUUCAGUGUGUUCACCAGCUCAGUUGAUUUCCCUUGGCGCUCGGAGAGGGUCGAGAGACUGGCCAUCUCGAUGAAACCCCCAAUGAUGGGCUUCUCGUUCGUCAUAUCGAAGAUGUUCGCUGACAGAUCUCUCGCAGGUGGAAGACAGAGCCAAUCGCACGCCGGCCGAUCCGCCCAUCGCCUGAUUCCCCAUCUAACCCAAGCUCAGCAUCCUCACGAGAAAAGAUGAGUCGUCUCUUUCUGCUAAACGCGGCGCUCAGAGGCCGUUGAGAGACUGGCCAUCUCGGUGACAUAUCCCAUGACGAGCAAUCCGUCUGUUCAUGUUACGCCUCGCGCUGACCAUCUUCUGCAGUCUCGCAGGCAUGAAGGGAAGUAUUUCAAGGCUUGGGUAGCUUCCGUUUCGGGUGCUUUGCCCGCACUGCUCACGGGUCUCGCUUUUGGAUGUUCUGCUGGAUUCGAUUUGUGGCGGGCGUUUAUAGAUGUUGUCCAUGUGCACAGCAAUUGAUUGCUCCGUUUUCUCGCAUCCCUUAAGUACUGCUGCCCGGAACUGUGAGCGGAGAUCUGACCGAGGGACCAAUGGCUGGAACCUCCCAUUGACUCACACCGAAU